AUGUCGGAGACACAAGAGUCCAUUUCUUCCUCGCUCCCAGAUACGAAAGAAAUCGCACCUAAGACCAUCAGUGAAGACCAUGGUGCCGUCCGUACCCUGAUCGAAAAGCAAGGUUCCGGCAAUGCGCAUCUAACACAUGUUCCCGUCAGCUGGCGCGGGCUGAGCGUCUCUGCCCCAGACACUGGCCCGGUGACUGUCAAGACGCUUCCUCGGGCCUGCCUGAACACAUUUGGCAUUGACCAAUUCAACUUCGUCAAAAAUAUUUUAUUCCCGAAGGGGUUUGGGGAGACCAAGAGCCGGAGUCUCCUAGAAGAUUUCACGGGAAUCGUGAAUCCAGGUGAGAUGUUGCUGGUUCUGGGUCGUCCAGGAAGUGGGUGUUCGACGUUCCUGCGCACUUUGGCCAAUCGAACCUCCCUUGAGGUUUAUGGGGACCUGAAGUAUGCGGGUAUCUCGGCGGACGAGUUCGGAAAAAGCCAUCGUCGUGAUACGAUCUAUUUGCCUGAGGAGGAUCAACAUAUUGCUGCCUUGACUGUGCGUCAGACGUUAAGGUUCGCUCUCCGAAUGAGCCUGCCAUCAGGAGCACGCCAUAGCGCAAUGGUCGAGGAGCUAGUCCAGUCAAUGGCGCAGAUGUUCGGUAUCGAGCAUGCAUUGGAUACGCCUGUCGGUGGCUCGUUCUUUCCCGGUGUCUCUGGAGGUGAGAGAAAGCGUGUGUCUAUUGCUGAGGUUCUCGCGGCCGGAUCUUCGGUGCAGUGCUUCGACAAUUCCACACGCGGCCUGGACUCGUCUACCGCACUGGACUUCGUCAAGGCGCUCCAUAUGCUCACAAAGGUGGGCGAUCGAACCACCAUGGCAACCUUGUACCAGGCCGGAGAGACCCUGUACAACUACUUCGAUAAGGUACUAGUCAUCUACGAAGGACGGCAAGCCUUCUUCGGCAAGAUUGAAGAGGCCCGACUGUACUUCGAGGAUCUGGGCUUCGUGCGUGCAAAGGGCCAAACAACCGCCGAGUUUCUCUCCUAUGUCACCGAUCCUGCCCAUCGUGAAGUCAUUCCGGAUAGCGUGGCUGCGAACAUGCACACGGCGGCCGACUUUGCGGACUUGUUCAAGAGUUCUCCACACUACACCAGUCUAGUCAGUGAAAUUGACUAUUCGCUAUCCCUUGGUCACCCGCAGGCCGCCGAGUCAAAGGGAACCGCAUCAUUCAACCUGUCCUACCCGCUGCAAAUCUGGGAGUGUCUGUUGCGCGAGGUCCAGCUCGCGCGUGGCCAAGCCAUUAUCUACUAUGGCAAGUGGAUCGCCACCAUCAUUUUGUGUCUGAUUAUCGGAAGCGAGUAUUUUGAUGUCUCAGCGGAUUCCCAGGGUGCGUUCACCCGUGGGGGUCUGAUAUUCUUCUCCCUGAUCGUCAAUGGCUGGCUCCAGUUCCCAGAGCUCUUUGAUGCGCACACAAAUCGUCCAGUACUGGAGCGUCAAGCGGCAUUACACAUGUAUCGACCAUCAGCAGUGGCUCUGGCUCGAGCGAUCAUUGAUGUGCCGCUGAUCGUAUUCCAACAUUGUAUCUUUGUGAUCGUAUUCUACUUUCUGGCAGGGCUACAGGUCGAAGCGGGAAAAUUUUUCUUCUUCUUCUUCGUGCUAAUCUUGUCGACUCUUUGCUUUAGCAAUUUGUUGCGGAUGUUUGCAUACUAUGUGCCUACUCUAGAUGAUUGCUUCCGUUUCGGCGGCACUGGCUCGACUAUCACGAUCUUGUUCUCUGGUUUUCUGGUACCGACCAAGGAUAUGAGACCUUACUUUGGCUGGCUGCACUACCUUAGUCCAAUUAAUUAUGCAUACGAGAGUGUCUACGUUAAUGAAUUUGACGGCCUCAACCUCGACUGCAGCGGUAAUAUGGUUCCCGAUUUUACCGGUGCUAACCCAGACUACCAGAUCUGUAUGAUUACCGGAGCCAAAGAAGGUCAACAAUCAAUCCCCGGUCUACAGUAUGCUGAAGCCAACGGGCUAUUACUCGCGCAUAAAUGGCGUAACGUGGGUAUCCUCUUUGCAUUCAUAGUUGCCUACGUCAUUAUAGGUAUGAUCGGCAGCGAGUUUAUGCGCUUUACGCCCCAGGGCGGGUCACCCAUCGUCUAUACCAAGAAGAACCAAGCUCAGUCAGACUCACAGUCAAGAGUUGAUGAAACUGUUGAGAAAGAUGUUGAACGAGAACUGCCUGGGUCAGGUGUUGAUAACGUGCAGCUUGGUCCUGCCAAACAUAGUGGUCCCUCGCUGACCUGGAAGAGCCUGACUAUUGACAUUGGUGAGAAACGCAUUAUCAAGGGCGUGACAGCGUAUAUCCGGCCAGGUGACUUCGUAUCAAUCUGUGGUGCCAGUGGCGCUGGGAAGACGACAAUGCUCAAGGCUUUGAGUCAGAUCAAUGUGACUGGCGAGGUUGGAGGAGAGCUGUUAUUUGGAAAUAAGGCACUUGGAAAAUCAUUCAAGAAAGUAACUGGGUUUGCACAACAAGCUGAUCUCCAUGAUCCAAUGGCAACUGUUCGGGAAGCACUGGAAUUUUCUGCUCUCUUGCGUCAACCUGAUAUCUAUUCGCGUGCCGAAAGGCUCGCCUACGUGGAGACGGUCCUUGAACUUCUGGAUUUGAAGCACAUCGCCCACGCCCUUAUUGGUGAUGAAAACUCUGGACUGGGGGUUGAGAUAAAAAAAAGAGUAACGAUUGGUGUGGAGCUCGCAGCUCGACCUCGCGUGCUUUUCGCUGACGAGCCAACCUCCGGUCUGGACUCCGAAGGUGCAGCCAACAUCGUCAGGUACCUGCGCAAACUCUCCCAUGCUGGCCAAGCAGUACUAGUGACGAUCCAUCAACCAUCUGCUCUGGUCUUCUCAGAAUUUGACAAGCUGCUCGCUCUCUCUCCAGAAGGAGAGCAACUGUACUUUGGUCCUACUGACAAGGUGCUGGAUUACUUCACCCGCCAUGGAUCCGUGCCACCCCCCGACACGAAUCCUGCAGAAUUUAUUCUUGAGGCUGGUGGCGCUGGCAUUAAUGCCCGCAAAGAUACCAAGGGAAGACAGUGGGCCAAGCACUGGGGCGAGUCUCCUGAAGCGAAGAUUGUGUCAGAGGACAUAGAUCGCAUUAAUAAGGACUACAAUGAAGGAGACAACGGAGUAGAUGAGGAGAUCGGCCAUGGCGAAUUCAACUCCUCUCUCCUACUUCAGUCUUGGCUUCUCACUGUCCGAAUGCUGAAAAACCAGUGGCGGAACCCGCCAUACAUUUACUCGAAGAUUUGGGUGCACAUCAUCCAUGCGAUCUUGAUUGGUACAACUGUCUACCAGCUAGGAACAUCUCCCAGCGAUCUUCAGAAUAGAAUGCUGAGCGUCUUCUCCAUUGUUCUCUUGGUGAAUACGAUCGUCAAUACUGUCCUUGCUCGGUUCUUCUUCGCUCGUCUUCUUUGGGAAACUCGUGAGGGUCCCUCAUGCACAUACAGUUGGCAGGCACUUUGCACAGCGAGUAUUGCAGCCGAGAUGCCCGGAUCUCUGGUAUGCUGUGUUUUAUACUAUGCCAUCUGGUACUGGCUUUGCGGAUUGCCCACUGGCGAGGCAGCUGGUUACGUCUUCCUGUCUUUUUUGACUUUCGAAGUGUUUGAGGUUCUCUUCGGCUUAUUUAUGAUUGGCAUGAGCCCUGACCUUGGCACAGCCGGCAACGUUCUUGUUUUCUUAGUUUGCUGCGUCAACUGGUACAAUGGAAUAAUCGUUCCCUAUGAGCAAAUUCAGGUCUUCUGGCGAUACUGGGUGUAUUGGCUUAAUCCUUUCACUUACUUUUUCGGCGGUCUUGUCACUGCGGUCAUUGAAAACCAACCCAUCGUCUGCAAAGAAGACGACCUCUAUAUCCUUUCCCCGCCGGACAACGAAACAUGCGGCUCCUACCUCUCCUCAUGGGCUAGUUCUGCACAGGUACAAGUCCUGAACCCAUCCGCAACCGAGAACUGCCAGCUGUGUGAGUACAUCACGGGAGAUCAGUACCUGAAGGGAUUCCGACUAGGUAAUGGAGAGGACGGUGGGAUCUGGGGCGAUUGGGGUAUCUUCGUACUGUUUACGUUUUCAAGUCUCUUUCUAGUUUAUUUUGCGACAUGGGCGACCAAGGUGCAUAAGUGGAAGAAAUGA